CGACAAGUAGUUAGUGUGCGUUUAGAGUCAGACCGGUCCGCCUGCACGGUCGAAAGCUCCGCCGACGCCGACGCCGAGGUAGAUCUGGCGCUGUUAACCCUCCUCCUUCUCCGGAGUUCAUCACUCAACGAGCUGUUUGUCAAACGGAGUUAUCAAACAAGGUUGCUGCGAAUGCAUAAGCUGCAAUCCUCGGGGAAAAGCAUCUGGACAGGAAGCAGAAGUGGCCGAUUCGAGGUACGUCGGUCGAAGAUCAUCGAAACGCCCUCCAGAGGAAAGGUGAAAGGACACUUGACCCGGACUCUAAGUGAUUGAAAGCCAAAAAUUUUGGCAGACAGUGCCAUAAUACAGGAACCAAAAAUGUAAUCUUUCGCCGAGCAGAAAAGUUACCGCGGCUCUCGUUAGUCACGUACAACCUCGAGGAUAAAAGGAAGUCUGACGAUUCGAAAAAACCGCUCCGUCCAUUUCAGCGGUUACUAAAAAGACAAACGUCGUGCUCUUUGCUGCACGUGGUCACCACAGGAUCUCCGUAAAAUCUUCCAAGUGUACCUCGAGAGUUUGUCACAAGGGAUAAAAUCGGGGUCAACUUUGAUGCGAAUGCUGCUUUGCCAUCGGAAAGGGGAAAUUUCAUAGGUUGCAGGUGUUUUUGUUUACGAGAAGAGCGUUGCGGCCUACGAGAAGCGGGAAAAUAAUAAUAAAAAAUAGAAAGAAGGUACCGUCGAGCAUUCGGUAUCGGAAGGCUACGAAGACGAAGAUCAGUUGGAUAUAUUGUGUGCACGGGAGGGAACACCGAGUUCUAAAUUUGAAUUCCACAAGCCACGAGUGGCGCGGCUCUCACAGUGUCUUUCAAAGCUGAGAAACGAAACUGAUAUUGAAAUCCGGCUGAACUUGUUCCAUCGGAGAUCAAAAGAAACGGCGUGGAAAAGAAGAGGAGAGAAUAGAGCGGAGGAGAUACGAAUAAAAAAUAAAAUAAAUAAAAGGAGAAGGAAAAGAAGAAAAAAAAAGAAAAGGAAAGAAAGAAAACGUAUUGCACAUACGUUUACGUUUCUUGAGCGCGGCGUCGCCGCAGUCGCGCCAAAGAGUAAGAGAAUCAACCGUAUGAGUUGAGGAAAUACGAUAAUAUCAACAAGAAAACAAUUUAAAAGAAAAUAUAUACAAACAAAGACAAGAAACAACACGAAGGAAAAAUAAACCAAUUAAAAAAAAAAGGUGUAUGGAGAAAACAAAAAGCUAUAUCAUCCCAGAUGUGCCAGCGGCGUCGGCCUACGUGACAUUUAUCAAUUCUUGGUCAGCCCGCGUCGAUAUAAAUUUCGCUCUCGUGGAUUCGGUCUGACUGUGUCUUCUAUUUCGGAUUUGCGAACUAGAGGAGAAGACGGGCGUGAAAACAUAUCCGAUACAAUUUACUGUACAUAAAUACACGUGCAUAACGCACACGCAGAAGCACGAGUAGGCGUACAAUCACAUAAUCAUCAAAGACGUCAACGCCUUUGUUGAAAUCAUUGUAACAUAUCAGAAGUAUAGCUACGCUAAGAACUUGGCAUUUCAAUGUGUAACAGUAGUUCGAACGAUCAUUAACAGUGUCUUGAUGAUAGUUUAUCAAAGAUAAUAUUUAGCACAGAGACUCGCGCUCUGAUUAAUCCGAUAUUCCGAGUUUCUGAAGUAGAAAAAAAAAAACAAAUAAAUAAACAAACAAGUAACAAAGAAUAAUACGAUUAAAUCAGAUAUAUUUACAUAAAUGUAAUCACGCGUGUAAACACCCUAGAAGUGACACGAGAUCUCAAACCGCGGACACCAUGGCGAGUAGGAUGAAGUCUCUUUACAAUCAGGUAAUUUUCGAACGAAGAGUACUUCUGGGCUGCACGUGUCUCGUUGGUCUUUCGGUCUGCAUUUGGGCGAUCGCGAUCGGCACUGAUCACUGGUUCCUGGUCUCGGCGCCGGACCAAACUGAGGGACUUCCCCUCAACCCGGACGACAAGAAAGGCAGGGUCCUCCUCUACAGGUACCAAGGUCUCUGGGGUGCGUGCACCUACGGGCGGGAGAACAAGACUGUCUUCGAGGAUUGCAAACGUCAGACAUUGUUUCCCAAGAAUCCUGACGCUGGAUGGAAUUCCGAAUCUAAGAAGAAGAUGCUGGUCUACAUCAAAACCCAGGUUUCGUUUGCUGUGAUCAGUAUAUUCCUGAUGUUCAUGGGAUUCGGAUUUUCCAUAUACACUUUCCGCAAUCCCAGAUACAUGUUCAAGAGGCUCGCCGGCGGAAUCCACUUCAUCACAGCCGCCUGCGUGAUGGUCGUCAUCCAAGUCGUCCAGUCCGCCAUCGAGUACGAGAAACACCACGUGUUCGACACCUAUCCGGAAGGGGCUUUGAAAAAGUACGACUACUCGAUGGUGCUCGCUUGGCUCGUGUUCCUCGCAAACUUGAUCGCCGGUUGUGCUUUCAUGCUAUUCUCGAGGAAACGGAAACGCGACAAAGCUCCGACGGAGGAAAUUGCCAUGGCCGACGAGCCGACGAUUAUCGGUCGUUAACUUCCUUCGAUUAACUGUCAAAUAUUUUGCACAUUUAUAAUUUUGUUCCGAUGUAACGUGUAAGAGGGAACAUACAUAUUUCAUUAUCUACUGCAAUUUUUUUCGAAAGAGACGUCGAAGAUAAAUUUGAAGAGCCCUGCAGCAGGCUGACGAGUAGAGGCGGAAGAGAAAGUUUUAACUGAUAGCUUCGAAUCUGCGGAUAUUGUCUCGUCGGCGAAACAGAGACCUGACGCAAGCUCGCGGAGCUUUGUUUCGGAGCUUAUUUAUUGUCGGUAAUGCAGGAGGCGCUGCAAGUCGAUUUCUCCGUCGGUUUCGGAAAUUUCGUAUCGCCAACGGGUGUAGCUAAUAAAACUUCAAACUGAGCUGGUAAAAACUUCUUUUGACACGGAAAGUUGUAAAAAGAAAAAAAAAAAGA